ACCCAAAACACAACCCUAUCUUAUAGGAAAAGCCAAUAAACCUUUCAGUUUUCUCCCCAUCUAUAGCACUUGAACCAAAACGACCCUUUAAAAGCUCUCUCUUCUAUACUCUCUCUCUCUCCCUCUCGUUCGUUCGUUUAGUAAUCAGUAGAGUCUCCAUUAUAAGCACAGCACACGUUCCAAGCUCGGUUUUCCGGCCGUCCCUCGUCAGUUCUCCUCAGGUUGAAUAGGUGAAAAUGGCCCAGAUAUUGGCGCCUUCAAUACAAUGGCAGAUAAAGAUGACAAAGAACUCAAGCAGUGCAAGACCCAUAACAGCAAAGAUGUGGAGUUCCCUACUAUUGAAUCAGAAAAGAAAGGGAGCAGCUAAAGGCUCUGCUAAAUUUAGAGUGUUUGCUCUGCAGUCUGAAAGCAGUACUGUGAACAGGUUGGAGGAUUUGCUCAAGUUGGACACCACACCCUACACUGAUAAGAUCAUUGCUGAGUACAUCUGGAUCGGGGGGUCUGGGAUUGAUCUGCGUAGCAAGUCCAGGACAAUCUCAAAGCCCGUUGAACACCCUUCCGAGCUUCCCAAGUGGAACUAUGAUGGUUCAAGCACCGGGCAAGCCCCAGGAGAAGAUAGUGAAGUAAUUCUAUAUCCUCAAGCCAUUUUCAAAGAUCCUUUCCGAGGUGGUAACAACAUCUUGGUAAUUUGUGAUUCAUAUACGCCAGCAGGGGAGCCCAUACCAACAAACAAAAGGUACAGGGCUGCUCAAAUCUUCAGUGACCCAAAGGUCGUCCAGGAAGUCCCAUGGUAUGGGAUAGAACAAGAGUACACCUUACUCCAAACAAAUGUGAAAUGGCCUCUUGGUUGGCCUAUUGGAGCCUACCCUGGUCCCCAGGGUCCUUACUACUGCGGGGUUGGAGCAGACAAGUCAUUUGGGCGCGACAUAUCCGAUGCUCACUACAAGGCUUGCUUAUAUUCUGGGAUCAACAUCAGUGGUACCAAUGGAGAAGUCAUGCCAGGCCAGUGGGAAUAUCAAGUGGGUCCUAGUGUUGGGAUUGAAGCUGGAGAUCAUAUAUGGUGUUCUAGAUAUAUUCUUGAGAGAAUUACUGAACAAGCUGGUGUUGUUCUUACUCUUGACCCAAAACCAAUAGAGGGUGAUUGGAAUGGUGCAGGAUGUCACACUAAUUACAGUACUAAGAGCAUGAGAGAGGAGGGAGGGUUUGAAGUGAUCAAGAAAGCAAUUCUCAAUCUGUCCCUUCGCCACAAGGAGCACAUCAGUGCUUAUGGAGAAGGAAAUGAGCGAAGGUUGACAGGAAAGCACGAGACGGCCAACAUUAACACCUUUUCCUGGGGGGUGGCUAAUCGUGGUUGUUCAAUCCGUGUUGGACGUGACACAGAGAAACAAGGGAAAGGUUACUUGGAAGAUCGUCGUCCAGCUUCGAACAUGGACCCAUAUGUUGUGACCUCAUUGCUGGCUGAGACUACCAUACUGUGGGAGCCCACACUCGAGGCCGAAGCACUUGCAGCUCAGAAGUUGUCCCUGAAGGUGUGAAACAACUUCCUGAAGAUGGGUUCAGAAGCUUGGAACCAUAAGGACUUUAGGGGGGGGGGGGUGCUCAGGAUCAAACUCACAAAGCCCCUUUGUGUCAUUUUCUUCUGUUAUUGUUUUUUGCUUUUUAGAGAGGAUCCCUUAUAAAUGAAGGUUCAAGUGAGUGCAUGGUCACGUCCAGUUUAGUGAUAAAUAACUCCAAAGAUGCAGUACAUCUUGAACCUCAUGAUGGCUUCCUGAACACUUUUGGUAAUUUCAUAAUCAGUGGCAUUUGCAUUAUUGUUUCCCUUCUAA